AACCCUGCCUUCAAAGCCAUGGGCCUCCCCAACACCAAAAAAUGGUCACUCCCCUCCAAACCCUGGCUCGCAUUCUUCGCCCUCGUCGGAACAUUCACCGCUGCGAAACUCUACGAUAAAUACCACACCAACAAAAUCCAGGAAAAAUGGAUCAAGCGCGUUGAGCAUUUGUCGAAGGAGCCGUUGGGUACGAUGGAGUUGCCGAGGAAGAUCGCGGUGUAUGCGAGUGCGCCGCCGGGUGAUGGACGGGAUCCUGCGAGGGAGUUGUUCAAGGACUUUGUCAAGCCGAUUUUGGUCGCGUCUGCGGUUGACUACGAAGUCGUUGAAGGACGUCGGGAAGGCGAGGUCCGUUCUGCCAUCGCCGAGAAGAUUCGAGCUAUGAGACGGGGAGAGGGAAGAGACCACGACGAGACUCCAUGGAUGAAGGGGAUUAAAAAGGAUGAGGUUGGCGGAAGCCUGAUUUUGGGGAGACAUACGUAUAAGGAGUACGUACUGGGUAUGCACGAGGGUAUCCUCGGCCCUGACACCCUCCCCCCACCACCCGCGCCCGAACCUACACCCGAGGGCGAGACCCCCGCUGAGGAACCUAAGAAAUCCAACACCAUCCCCGCGGCUACGAUUGAGCCCGAGCAAUACGCGACCGCGACACCCGCGGCGGAUGUGGAGCACCCAAAGCCAUAUGCGUUGAUCCCGUUGCCGCAUAUCCUCGGUUUCCUGAACACUCAUAUCCGUACCUGGCGUUACCUCAACAAACGCCACCUCGCGGACGAGAUCGGUGCUCUUACCGUCUCCGCUAUCCUCGCUUCCCAUGACCGUCCCUGGUCACCCGAGGAUGCUGAGGCGUUACAGGAGGAAGAGUGGGAUUGGGUUAAGCAGUAUAGACCCAAGGGAGAGGCAGAGGAGGUUAGGAAGGGGGAGUGGACGAGUAGGGUUGUGUGGGAUGAUAGGGUUGUGAGGGAGUGGAGGGUGUAUGAGUUGAGUCCGGAGAUUAGGAUGGAGGAGGAGGCUAUUAAGGCGGGGACGUGGGUGGCUAAGGAGGAGAAGGUUCAGUAA